AUGGCCCCCAGCACCCCCCUCCCCGAGGAGGGCACCGUGGCCGUUGUGGUGCGCGUGCGGCCCCCCGCCCUCAGCGAGCGGGACCGGCCCGGACCCCCCCUCCUGCACCUGCGGGACCAGAACAUCAUCGUCUUCGACCCCGAGGAGCCCAGCGGCCUCCCCGGCAGCCUGCAGCCCCCCCGGGGGCCCAAGCACCACGGCAAGGACCUCACGUUUGUCUUUGACCGCGUGUUCGGGGAGGGGGCCACGCAGGAGGAGGUUUUCCAGCACACGACCCGGGGGCUCCUGGACAGCGUCCUCAGCGGCUACAACUGCUCCGUGUUUGCCUACGGUGCAACAGGAGCAGGGAAAACCUACACCAUGCUGGGCUCCGAGAAAAACCCCGGCAUCAUGUACCUGACCAUGGUGGAACUCUACAGGAAGAUCGAGGCCAGGAAGGAGGAGAAGGGCUGUGAGGUCCUGGUCUCCUACCAGGAGGUGUACAAUGAGCAGAUUCAUGACUUGCUGGAGCCCAAGGGCCCUCUGACCAUCCGGGAGGAUCCUGAGAAAGGAGUGGUGGUUCAGGGCCUUUCCUUCCACCAGCCUGCAUCAGCAGAGCAGCUCCUGAAGAUGUUGGCUGAUGGAAACAAGAACAGGACCCAGCAUCCCACGGAUGCCAACGCCUCCUCCUCCCGCUCCCACGCCAUCUUCCAGGUCCACGUCAAGCAGUGGGACCGCUCCGGUGGCCUCGCUCAGGAUCUGCAGGUGGCCAAGAUGAGCUUGAUCGACCUGGCAGGCUCGGAGAGAGCCUCGGUCACCAACACCAAGGGGCAGAGGCUGCGGGAAGGCGCCAACAUCAACCGCUCCCUCCUGGCCCUCAUCAACGUCAUCAACGCGCUGGCCGACACCAAGAGCAAGAAGAGCCACGUGCCGUACAGGGACAGCAAGCUGACCCGGCUGCUGAAGGAUUCCCUGGGCGGGAACUGCCGCACCGUGAUGGUGGCGGCCGUCAGCCCCGCGGCCCCCGCGUACGAGGACACCUACAACACCCUCAAGUAUGCCAGCAGGGCCAAGGAGAUCAAACUGCUGCUGAAGAGCAACGUGGUCAGCCUGGACUGUCACUCCUGCAGGUUUGCUGUGACCUGCGAGCAGCUGAAAGCAGAGGUGGCUGAGCUGCGGGGGAAGCUCCGCACCUACGAGAAUGCUGACCAGGAGGUGAAGAACCAAAUCCUGCUGCCCCCUGUCAGCUCCAGCCCAGUGGGGCUGCCCAGGUUUGAGGAUGCUGUCCCAAAGACAGGCUCAUCUGUGGGUGAUCAUGAGGAGGGUGAUGGAGAGGAGAUGGAGCUGGAACUGGAGGCUGGGUGGCCACUUGGACCACAGCUGGAAGCGAAGGAGGAGGCUCCAGAGGAGAUGCCUCCCAGCAGCUCUGGAGUAACCCAGCAGACAGACAUCCCCCAGCUGGAACCAAAGGAGCUGAGCCACCUUCUCCAGGGGUUGUCCAGCAGCCAGAUAGAGACGUUGGUCACCACCCUCCUGUGCCUGGUCCGCAGGCAGUGCUCCCUGCUGAGGGACCACCACCUCCUGACCCCCACCAUGGCCCUGGAGCUGCAGGAGCUGGAGAGCCUCAUCCAUCCUGAGCCUGGGCUGGUGCUGGAGCCAAACACCUCUGCCACAGCCGUGCCCCUCACCCUGCCCCGCACCACCCCGCACGGCUCCCACCUCCUCCUCCCGCUCUCCGGCUCCACCCCGGUGUCUCUCGGCUCCGUCAAGAGGAGGAGGGGGAGGUCUGAGACCCCCAGCAAUUCCCAGCCCGGAACCCCCCACAUCCCCAGAGCUCAGAGGAGAAGCCAGCGGGGAGGAGAGGAAGCAGCGGAGUCGCAGGGGCUGAAGCAGAGCCCGGGCAGCCCCUGCCUGGCAGCAGCCGCAGCUCAGCCCCUCGGCCUCUCCCCGGUGCCCUGGUGCUGCCCCCAAACCCUCAGCAAGGCUCGGGGUCCCCUCUCCACCUCGGCCGCCCAGAACGGGGGGACCCAGCCCGUGCCCCCCCCCCGCGUCCUCAACCUCACCUACGAGAUCUGCGACUCGCCCCAGCCCCCUGCCCCAAACCUGCCCGGACCCCCGGGCUGGGAGAGCACCCAGAACCUCCGGAACAAGCAGGAUGGAUCCUUCCCCCCCAGACCCUGCAUCCCGCAGUGUGCUCCAAGGUGUCCCAAUAUCCAUGAGCCCCCCACCCUCCCCAAGGACCCUGCACCCAAGCGGAGGCGAUUGCAGAGCACCUCAUCCCCCUCCCUGGGGUGGCCCCAGAGCCGCAUUCCCCAGCUCCAGAGAUCUGUGCGGCCUUCCCAGAUCCCAGGUUCCAUGUCCCAGAGGGGCUGCAGGAGAAGGACCUCCAGGCAGGUGCCAGCCCGAAGCAUCGCCCCCCCUGUGCCCACCCCCCAGCCAAGGAAGCUCCUGUGCUGAUGGCUGCACCACCCGGGACCCUCCCCCUGUCCCAGCCUUCCACAGCCACCCCUGUCCCC